CAUCAAUCUAUUUUUUAUUGCCGCUCAAUUAAAAGCUUCAACUAAUAAUAUUGAUGAUGAAUCCUUUAUGACUUCGGAAGAAGAAAAUAAUCCUUGUCAACUUAAAGAAGCUGGUAAAAAUAAUAAUUUUACCAAAGAUCGUCAUGUUAUUACUAGUGAUCAUAAAAUGAUUUGUGCUGCUCGAAUGCAAUUUCAAGUUACUUUGUAUUCUAGUUUUGCUAUUCAAGCUAGGGCUGAUCAAAUUAAAUUUAAGUGUAGUGUAGAUAUUUUAAAUAUAUUUAAUGAUUUUUCUAUUGAUGAUGAACGGGCACUUUAUAGUAGUUAUCAAAAUAAUGUUGCAGCUUACGAAUUUAUUGAAUCAAUUGGUCGUGUUAUAGAACAAGAGGUUUUUCAAGAAUUGCGUAACUCAGAUGGAUGGAGUAUAAUGCUUGAUGAAAGUAAUACUAUUUCAACUGAAAAAGUUUUAGCAAUUGUUUCUAAACAUUUAAUUGCACCAGCACAACCACUUUACCGAUUUCUUGGAUUAAUUUCUUUAACAAACAAUACUGCAAAUACAAUUGUAGCAGAAAUUGAUCGAUUUAUCCAAACUAAGAAUUUAUUAUAUAAUAAAUUAAUGCAUAUUUAUACUGAUGGCGCUAGUAUAAUGACAG